UGUCGCAAAAGUUGCACAUUACAUUUAGCUGGUGUGGUUUGUACAGUAUCAGCUGCUUCUGACAUGAACUAGUGACAACACAAACAUCUGAGUAAUGUUAUCUUACUGUUCGUUAACGUGUUGUCGAUGUGCUUCGCUUUAGAAUGGCCUCAAUCACUUAAAAUCAGUUCCCGCAUAUAGUUUAUGAGAUUAUCUCUUGUUUUCUCAAAUAUAAGACACUCUCCAGCACAGGUAAGCUAGUUAGCUAGCUAAAUUGGGCAUAAUUUAUGUCACUAGGAGAGUGCCUUCGGGCUUCAAUGAAAACUGAAGAUCCGGGAGAAGAGUUGUGAGGAGACAUCAACAGGUUGUGCGAGGAUGGACUUUGUCAAAACGGUCCUGGUGACUGGAGGGGCAGGUUUCAUUGGGUCCCAUUUUGUCUGCUCCCUAGUCAACAGGCACCCAGAUUGGCGUAUCAUCAACUUUGACAAUCUGGACUACUGUUCUAAUCUCAGGAACCUGGAGUCUGUAGAGGAGAAUGAGAACUACACCUUUAUCAGGGGGGAUAUAUGCAAUCCAUGCUUGUUAAAACACAUGUUUGCCACAGAAAACAUCGAUGGUUUUCACUUUGCGGCUCAAACACAUGUUGAGACAUCCUUCUUAUGGCCGUCCAGAUACCACAUGGUGAACGUGGAGGGGACAAGGGUGCUACUGAAAGCAGCUUUUGAGGCCAUGGUGGAGAAGUUUAUUUACAUUAGUACAGAUGAGGUGUAUGGAGAGAGUCUGUAUAAGGAAUUAGAUGAAACCAGCCCAAGAAGACCCAACAACCCAUACUCAGUGUCUAAAGCAGCUGCUGAGUGUCUUGUAUUAUCCUACAGGGAGAGACACAAGUUUCCUGUUAUAAUAACAAGGAGCAAUAAUGUAUAUGGACCCAGACAGUACUUGGAGAAGGUCAUUCCAAAAUUUGUGUCCUUCCUUCAGCUGAACAAAAAAUGUACCAUCCAAGGGACCAGCCCUCAAUCUCGCCACUUCCUGUACGUGGAUGAUGCCAUUGAAGCAUUCCACACCAUCCUGGAGAGGGGGACGGUGGGAGAAACCUACAACAUCGGGACUGACUUCGAAAUAUCCAUCAUUCAACUAGCCAGAGAACUUAUCAAGAUGGUCAGGCAUGUACCUGAUGCAGAACUGGACGACUGGCUGGAGUUUGUGCCUGACCGGCCAGUGGUUGACCUGAGGUACCCUGUGAACUGUGAGAAGCUGUGGAGGCUGGGCUGGAAGCCUGCAGUGUCAUGGGCAGAGGGUAUCAGAAGGACAGUCAAAUGGUACCAAGAGAAUCCAGACUUCUGGCCAGAUGUCACCAGAAGACCAACCAAUUACCUUUGAGCCCAAUAAGCACAUAGAUCCUCUUCCUGUAUUCGUGGCCGCCAACCCUGUUCCUGGAGAGCAACAGGGUGUUGCUGGCUUUUGUUCCAGACCUGGUUCA